CCAGCGCGGCCGGCACGGGGGCCCCGUCCUGCACCCGCGGGAGCGGCUCCCCGGGCCCCGCGCACCCCCCGCCGCCCGCCCGCCCGCCCGCUGCGCCGAUGCCGGGCGUUGGGGCGAUCGGAGCGCGGUGCAGGCACCGGCCGCGCAGGAGCCCCAGGAAGAGCCCCAAGGCGGAGCCGGGCCAGGCCGGGGCCGCCAUGGACGCGGCGAUUUGGAUCUACCAGUUCCGGCUGAUCGUGCUGGGCGACUCCACCGUGGGCAAGUCCUGCCUCUUGCACCGCUUCACCGAGGGCCGCUUCCCGGGGCCGCUGCACUCCGACCCCACCGUGGGGGUGGACUUCUUCUCCCGGCUGGUGGAGAUCGAGCCCGGCAAGAGGGUCAAGCUGCAGCUCUGGGACACGGCGGGGCAGGAGCGGUUCAGAUCAAUAACACGCUCUUAUUAUCGCAAUUCUGUGGGUGGCUUACUAGUGUUUGACAUCACAAAUCGACGAUCCUUUGAACAUGUGAAAGACUGGCUAGAAGAGGCAAAAAUGCAUGUGCAGCCCUUUCAGAUUGUGUUCCUGUUAGUAGGACAUAAAUGUGACUUAGUGUCACAGCGUGAGGUUACAAGAGAAGAAGCUGAAAAACUGUCAUCUGACUGUGGUAUGAAAUAUAUAGAAACUUCAGCAAAAGAUGCUACGAAUGUUGAAGAGUCCUUUACAAUUCUCACACGAGACAUCUAUGAACUUGUAAAAAAAGGAGAAAUCUCAAUACAAGAUGGAUGGGAAGGUGUCAAGAGCGGCUUUGUUCCAAAUGUUGUACAUUCAUCAGAAGAAGCUGUAAAGCCCAGAAGACAGUGCAUCUGCUGAAUUUGUAGCAUGCCAAAGAGCACAUCAGGUGUUCAGAAGAUGAUGCCAACCUAAAUAACAGAAUAAUAAUUUUGAAACAAUAUUAGAUCAUGACAUAGCUGAAUCAUAGAAUGGUAAUUUGGUUUUGUAUCCUUCUGUCUAGGUCAUAACUUCAUAAAACUUUAAGUGCUUUUUUUCUUUUCAGAGUACAAUAACUUUGUGUGGUCUUCAGGAGAAGAAAUUAUAUAUUGCUAAAGGAAAAACUAAUCCUGUAGCAAGACCCUGAGAAAGUGCAAUAAUCAUCGUGACAACAUCCUCUCUUGGGCUUUGUAUUUUGAAUACUGUUUAAAAUCAAGGCUUGGUAGGUGAGGAUCAGAUGAGCUCAUUACUUUUGUUCAUCCUGCCUUAGUUUUGGACAAGAAAAUAUUAUACCUUAUACUUUUUUAAUGUGAUUCUUUACUCAAGUGCAGGGUUGCUAAUGACCAUUAAAGUUUAGAAUGCUGUAGAAUUUCGUAAUAAAGAUAACUCUAAAGAAAGCAAGCUGAAAGGUUGCUCCAAUAGCAAACACUUUUGAUAUGACUAUGAAUACAAGCCUUACUAAAGAAAAAGAAUGUUUUAGAAAAGAUGAUUUAUUUGUAUACAAAAAUGGGGAAUAGAAGCAAUGAAAUUUAUUAUUAAAUAUUUUCUGAAUUGCCAAUGAAACUAAAUGUAACAUCACAUAUGAUCCAGCUGUUAUUUGACUUGUGUACAAAACAGAUUUCUCAACCACUGGAGUUACAUUUCGGUGGCCAGAUCCUCAGCUGGGUAAUUAUCAUAGCCACACUGAUGCCUAGGGAAUUAUGUUAAUUUACAGAAACAAAUUACAUAUUAGCUUUAAAAAAUAAAUCUACUUCUAUCGAGAAGUAAAAGUAAGUUAAAAAGUGCUGCAAUCCAUGAGGACCCAGGCCUUAAAUUUGAAUAGAGCAAGGAUUGUUUUAUUCUCAGCCAGCAAAUGUUAAACCAUUGUCUAAAAAAAUGAAGGUUUUAAAACCAAAACUGUUAUGAAUAGAGUGUUUGGAGAGGA